UCCCUCUGAAACGAGCGCGGGCUGCGCGUCAUCCGCGGCGGCGAAUGUCUGGGCCGAGCGGAGGAGAAAGGAAAGCGGCGGCCGCGAGGGAAGCGUUGCACAAAGGUUGAGCGCUGAGCGGGAGCAUCUCCGGGAGGGGAGCGAAGAGCCUCGCGCAGAUACUUGUUUACUCAGCUGUGGGAAACCAAGGAGGAGAGGACGGGCCCGGGGCCUGAGGAGCUGCCGGAGCGGAGGGAGCCGCCGAUGCUCCGGGGCUCGGAUCAGAUCCCUGCCGCGGGGAACCCGCUGCCCCUGGUUGCACCGCGGCUGUGCGCUGCGCCGGGCGGAACGGCCGGGCCCUGAGCCGAACCCUAGCGCCGUGCCGCUAGAGCUAAGGGAGCGAAGGUAAUCGGGGGGGGAUUAAGGCCAAAGGAGCCUUUCUCAGAGAGCAGGGAUGCUGACCGAGACCUGCCCGCUGCCGGAGGCGGCCCGGGACCGCGCGGGUCUCACGGGCACGUUCAGAUGUGCCGGCUGCGAAUCGCUCAGUGUAAAAGCACGCGGUGCCGAGCCUCCAGCAGCGCUUCGGCUUGGUAAAGCCUAUAUCCAGUCAUCAGCAGCGCUGCCACAACUGCCAUGCACUUGGUGUGCUGCACUGGGAAACUUGCAGCUGAGGUGCAGAGAGCCAGCGUCCAAAAGUGGCAGUGCCUGUGCCUCGGGCAAGCUGUCCCACCAGCACUACUUGUGUGUUUGCUGCCUACGAACGCUUCCCUAACCAAGGCAACAAAGCAGCGUGGCUUGGCACAGCUUCAGCACGUGAGCAAAAAUUUGGCAUCUCAAUGUCGUGUCAAAUGGGCGAGAAGUAAACGAGACCCCAACGGUGUAAAUGUACCCCCAGAUGCUGACUAAAACAAGGAUGAGCUUCUGAAAGUUGGACCAGCUUAGACUAGCCACCGUGUAAGUCUACAGUCACAGGCACUUCAGUGUAAAAAGAAAGAAGUUUUGGGUGUUACAAUCACCAGAGUGAGAGCAAUGCUGCGAAUAGCCUUUAUUGUUUGAGUAUUUUAUGGUAACAAAAGCAGCCUGGAAAGAAGCACUGCUGUAUUCAACACAGCCAGGGAACACUUUCAGCCCCCAGUGUUCAUUGUAACUCUUUAUGUCUGAUGUCUCUGGAGAAUUAAAUAUAAUUAUGAAUUCCAUAAUUAAUCGUAUUUAUAUCAUUAAUAUAAUUACGAGCUCCAUCUAUUUAUGCUAUGUAUAGAUGAAGAAUCCAAACCCCUGAAUUUCACGUCAGCGUUUUUCUCAUCAAGUCUCUGUCAAAUCAAGUAUUUUCAACCUAACGGUAUCUUAAUUCCGCAUUAAAUCACAUUUGGGAAUGCUCUUCCUUGAAAUGGCCGUGCAGGAGUUCCCAUUUACCUGUGGCUAUUUGCCUUUGUCCCACAAGAAGAGCUGUUUCCAAGACCUCCUGCUCGCUGCAGUUUUCCGUUUCCAACGCGCUACCAGCGAGCUGGGGAAGCCCGUUUCUCACAGCAUCUCGCCGUUCCGCGUGCCGCACCCCCGCUGCCUGCAGUUCCUCGCACCUCGCGUUCAUUCCGAGCCCUUCUCCCCGGGUCCCGGUGCGAGCGGUCCCGCAGGGCCGGGUGCCCGCCGCGGCCAUCUCGUGGGGUCCCGUGCUGCGGGACUACAUCUCCCGGCAUGCCCCGCGGCCGGCAGGCGCUGCGCGGUUGGACUACAGCUCCCGACGUGCUCCGCGGCCCGCGCGGCUCCAAGAUGGCGGCGCCCAGGGACGGUCGGGCCUCGGACAGCGGCUCGGACUCGGAGAGCAGCGGCGAAGCGGCAGCGCGGUUCCGGGAGGCGGCCUGGGACUACGCGAAGCAGCAGGCGGCGGUGCGGGCGGAGCCGCGAGGCGGUGGCUUCACAAAGGAUCAGCGCCUGGAUGCUCGGCCCAGCCUAAGACGUGAGGUGAAUGGCCAUGAUGAGGAUGGAAAUGAGCUACAGACCACACCGGAGUUCAGAGCACACGUUGCAAAGAAACUGGGAGCAAUGCUAGACAGUUUCAUCACUGUCUUGAAGGAUUCAUCAGGGCCUUCACCAACUUGCGUGCAGCAGUCUGGCUGUGGAGAUGAUGGUUUUCGCCUCUUCUCCUCCUCUGUCCCAGGAGACUGUGGGCAAUCAGAGCAUAGCCCUGCCCCAAGGAGGAGACGGCCACCUAGUUCCAGUGACUCAGACAGUGAGCAAGAGUGGCAGAAGUACCAGGAGGCUGCUGUGUCAGCAGCAGACAUUCUGAAGCAAAGUGCUUUUCCUGCAGUGUCCCAGGAUUCCAGCCAGAAUCUGUGUCAGGGUUAUGUAGAGCGCAGACAGAAGAAAAAAAAGAAGAAGAAAAUUAAGGGAGAGAACAAAACUGAGGAGAAAAUAAUAGACCCAGCAGAGUGUGACCAGAUCAGCAAAGAUUUGCCACAGUUGGUUUCUGCAAACGGACAGCACAAGAGACAGGGCAGCAAUCAUACAGAUAACACAGUGUCACCAGGAGCUGUGAAGAAGAAGAAAAAGAAGAAAGAAAGAGAAUAAAGAUUUUGCUCUGCAAACGAGCAGGUGAUUGUGAUGAAUGAAGGAUGCUGGAAAAAAGCUAACAGAGUUGCUGCAGAUGAGGGAGAACUAAUGGGCAAAGCUUUUGUUCUAAAAGCUCCGUGGCCUGAGAGUCUAAUUAAAGCGACUUCCUAUGUUGUUGGCCUCCCUUGGGGAAGGGAACAUUUUUCUCCUAGCACAGCAGUUAUCUGUGCUGCUGCUUGUGCAGUCCUAGCGCAAAAGGAUUAAAUACUGUACACAGAGCAGUGUGGCAGGGAGGUGUAAUCAUAGCUGCGUCCCUUCUGAUCUGUUCUCUCACAUCCUGAAACCAAAGCUUGUCUCCUGGAGAAAGCAUAUGAUGAAUUGAAUUUGGUUUACAUGGCAACAGGUGGCCAACUUCUUUUUCACUUUGAUUUGCCUGUGGUAGACUCAUUUAUCAGAAAGCAUCCUGGCAGAUGUUAGUCCCUGCCCACCUCCCCCCCCCCUUUUUUUCCCCUCUGUGAUUAUCGUAACAAUCUGCUGUUGAAACCUGCCAUGUUACUGAUCCCUCUGUAGCCUGCACCACUCCAGGGUCCCUGCAUAUAAACAAAGAUAAUGCAGUGAGCUUAUUUUGAGGUGGUUAAAAGUAGGCAGUUCUGCUGUGUCCUUUGAAAUUUCUCUUGUAGCGUUUUCUCUGCUGUUUUUUUGUUAUUAAAUUCUUACACACUAUUAGUCUUAUUUAAUUUGGCAGGUUUGUAGGACAGCGGCUUUCUUGCUGUGCUAAAUAGCUCCCCCAGCAGAGACAAAAAGGGCUGAAGAUGGCUUGUCAUUUGAUUGAUGAUCAAUGCUGUGAAACUAUUACAGGAAAUACUUAAAUCUCAGUUGCUGAGUUUCAGAUCUUGUUGUGGUUGGCUAUGACUUUUGUCUGUGAAAUACAGUGGGUUUGGGUACUUUUUAGUAUGGCUCUUAAUCUGUUUGUUUCAGCUCCGGUUUUUCAAGAAACAACCUGUUAUUUGGAUCAAUACUCUGCUUCUGUUGAGUUUCAGUAGGUCUAAUUCACUGGCUCUAUUCAGGAGACCUAAAAGCUGGAUUAGAGAAACCAAAAUAGUGAGCUGAUGCUCUUUGAACACAGGGAGAAAACAAGCUGUUUCCCUUCCUCCUGUAAGAUCCUUGCUGUUUGACAGUAGGCAUCCAAAAAAAAAAAAAAA